AUGAGCAAGAGAAUUACAGCAAGCGAAGUCGCAAAGCACACAUCCCCAGACAGCGCAUGGGUCAUCAUCCAGGGCCAGGUGUUUGACGUGUCCAAGUUCCACGACUCGCACCCCGGCGGCGCAAAGAUCCUGUUGCGUGCAUGCGGCAAGGACGCCACCAAGCAGUUCAACAAGUUCCACAACGACAAAGUGCUCGCAAAGUACACACCCAAGCUCAAGAUUGGCGACGUUUCGGAAGAGGCAAAGCUCUAG